AUGGGGCCCUUCCCCGAUAAGGAAGCCCCGCAUCCUGCCCGCUGCCACCCCGUUUCCGCGCCGUGUCCCCGGGGCGCUGCCACCCACGUCCCUGGACGGCGUCCGCUGGUGUUGUCCUCCCCCUGUCCGGGCUGGCACCCACCGCGUCCCUCCCGCGCCCGGCGCUCGCUCCCCGCGUUUCCUCACCCUCCUUCGGCGCCCCCCGGGCUGAACUCCCCCGUUCACACGGCCGGUUUCCGCCGUGUUCCCGGGCCAGAUGCCCCCGCAUCCCCGGGCCGGCUCCCACCGCUCCUCUUAUUUCGCUUCCAGACGAUCGGAGCCGCUUUCGUGGCCAAGGUGAUGAGCGUGGGGGACCAGACAGUGACCCUGGGCAUCUGGGACACGGCGGGCUCGGAGCGCUAUGAGGCCAUGAGCCGCAUCUACUACCGGGGAGCCCGGGCUGCCGUCGUCUGCUACGAUCUCACUGACAGUGGCAGUUUCCAGCGAGCCAAGUUCUGGGUGAAUGAGCUGCAGAACUGUGAGGAGGGCUGCCGGAUCUACCUGUGUGGCACCAAGAGUGACCUGCUGGAGGAGGACAGGAGGAAGCGGGGCGUUGACUUCCACGAUGUGCAGGACUACGCUGACGAGAUCAAAGCAGACCUCUUUGAGACCUCCAGUAAAACGGGCCAGAGCGUGGACGAGCUGUUCCAAAAGGUGGCUGAGGACUAUGUCAACUUCUCUGCCUUCCAGGUGAUGACAGAGGACAAGGGUGUCAACCUGGGCCAGAGGAACAGUCCCUACUUCUACAGCUGCUGCCACCACUGAGCCCCUGUGCCAAAAGGGAAUCGCUGCUGCCGGAUGGGCAGCUGGCACGUGCUGGACUGCUCCAGUUUUUUACCUGCUGUGUUUUAGCUGUUUGUGCCUGGCUGCAGCACAGCCUACGGACUGCUCUCCUGGCACACAGAGCGGCACAGGGCUGCCGUGCACUGCCGGGAAUCAUGGACUGUCACCCUGGGGACCCCCCUCCCUGCCACCUGUGGCGUUUGUGGGAGCUGUGGUGGCCCAGUGGUGGCCAGUAACUUAUUCUCUCAGAGAUGCUCGAUUCUUUGCAGAUUUAUUUAAGCGUCUUCUCUCGAGGUGUACAAUGUAAAUAAAACGCGUUGUGGUCUGAGCCGUA